AUGCGAAGCCCGUCAAACCAAGAUAAUAAUUUCUUACUACCGAGUAACUCAAAUUCUAGUAACAACUCUGCAUCCAGCUCCGCUAGCGACGACUCGGCCACAUCUGCAUCUUCUAAUGACUCUUCUAAUGACCCAGAUGAUAGGUAUAAACCUAUCAUCUAUCCAAAUACAAAUAAUACAAAUAAUACCAAUGAUAAUGUUAACGCAAACUUACAUUACAGCAGCAAUUACACUGCUCUAACCAAUUUACCCAAUUUCAUUAAACCAUCAAUCUCUACUACACAGACUAAUAGAGUCUCAGUGAACGACGACACCGUUUAUUCUUCAUCCAGUUCAAGUUCGGAUGACGAUGAUUCUUCUAGUCCUCAUGGCUCACCAAUUUUGUUGAAUGACUUCGGGUCUUACCCGGCCAGCUCCGUGUCGUCAUCUUUAACGAGCGGGGGCUCACCAUCGAAUUUUAUUACUAAGUCAAAAUUGACCAGUAUAUUAUCCACUUCAUUAUCUUCAAAGAAUAAUUCUUUAUCAUCAUCCUCUAAUUCAAAUGGAUCUCCAACCUCAAAGAAAUCGAAAAAUUCGCCUUUGUUUUUAAAGAAACAUCCUAAUGAUCCAUCUUCUAAUGAAGGUGUUAAUGUGGAUUCAAUGAUCAAAAAAUUGAUUCUCUUGAAUACUAAUGGUAAUAGUACUAAUGGUGGCAACGGUAACAUCUCCGUUCCUAAAUCAAAGAGAGACAAAUUCCCAUUCCAUGCUUGGGAAAUCCAAUUGAUUUGUGUUGCCGUUAGAGAAAUUUUUUUACGUCAGCCAACUUUAUUAAGAUUACAAGCACCAAUUAAGAUCGUAGGUGAUCUUCAUGGCCAAUUCAAUGACUUGUUAAGAAUUCUGAAGUUGAGUGGUAUCCCAUCUGAAACAAAUUACCUGUUUUUAGGGGACUAUAUCGACCGAGGUAAACAAUCUCUUGAGACAAUUUUACUUUUACUUUGUUAUAAAUUGAAAUAUCCAAAUAAUUUCUUUAUGUUAAGAGGUAAUCAUGAAUCUGCAAACGUCACUAAGAUGUACGGUUUCUAUGAUGAAUGUAAACGUAGAAAAUCAACCAAAGUUUGGAAAGCCUUCAUCGAUGUAUUCAAUUGUUUACCAAUUGCUGCUACAAUUAAUGAUAAAAUCUUUUGUGUCCAUGGUGGUAUCUCCCCAGAUUUAAAAAAUUUGAACCAAAUUAAUAAAACUGUUGUGAGACCUACUGAUAUUCCAGAUAAUGGGUUAAUCACUGAUUUAUUAUGGUCAGAUCCGGAUUCUACAGUAAGAGAUUGGUCCUCGAACGAUAGAGGUGUCUCAUAUACCUUUUCAAAAUCAAAUGUUUUGGAUUUUUGUGCAAAAUUUAAAUUCGAUUUGAUUAUUAGAGGACAUAUGGUUGUUGAAGAUGGUUACGAAUUUUUCGCAAAGAAAAAAUUAGUUACUGUCUUUAGUGCACCAAAUUAUUGUGGACAAUUUCAAAAUUGGGGUGCCGUCCUAGCAAUUAAUACAGGUCUAAUGUGUAGUUUUGAAUUAUUAAAACCUCAUAUUAUAUCUAAGAAAAAAUAUUAA